AUGUUCACCAUGGGACAUGGUGUCGCUGCCGCCCUGGGGCGACGGGCGUCAUGGCUGGUGCAAGCGAAGGUUGGAGCCGCCAUGCCUGCUCUCUACCGCGCUGGUCCUCGUCUCCGAGACAUGCGGAUCAUCGAAGUAAGGCAGGUUUACAAGGGUGCACGUUCCAUGUUCACAGGGAGACCGCAAGGCGAUGGUUACAAGCACUUCAAGAGGGGCGAGGAUGCAGGAAGCAGCAACACAAGCAACUUCCGGGCAUCGGCAUGGAUCGCACUUGUUCCUGCAUCCUUCGUUGUCUACUACGUUGUGCACCUUGAUCAGGCUCCUUACACCGGCAGGUGGAGGAUGAUAGACAUGUCCAGAGACAGAGAGAUCGCCUUUGGCAGGAGUCAAUUUCAUCGUCUCCUCAUGCACGGAUCGGUGCUGCCUCCCAAUGACCCUGCCGCGCAGCUGGUGACAAGAGUGGGGACGAGAGUAGCGCAGGCGACGGACCCCAACCUGCCAUGGGAGUUCAAGGUGAUCCGAAGCCCUCAGGUCAACGCUGCUUGCCUUCCAGGAGGGAAGGUGGUUGUCUUCGAAGGUCUUCUCCAAACCUUCAACUAUGAUGAGCACGCGCUUGCUGCUGUCUUAGCGCAUGAAGCUGGACACGUCCUGGCGAGGCACGCAGCAGAAAAGCUGGCGUUUGCAAACAUGUCAGUAGUGCAGGGCCUCAUGUGGCUCGAUUUCUUCUCAAGCAUGCUGUUCAAUGCGCGCUUCAUCACAAACUGGGCAGACUCCCGAGCGCAUCUUGCUGUGUGCGUGAGCUGGUGGUGCAGGAAGUUGGAGCGGGAAGCCGACUACCUGGGGCUGCAGAUCCUGGCCAAGACCUGCUUCUACGACCCGUCGGUUGCUCCUCGAGUCUUCGAGCAGUUUGGGAGGAUGGCGAACGCCCGUGGCCUAAAGGAGGUUGGCUGCGAUGUCUACUUUGUUGGAUGCGAUGUCUACUUUGUUGGAUGCGAUGUCUACUUUGUCGGCAAGUGGCUCAUACGAUGGGAUGUGCAGAUAUGA